UACUUCUAUGCUCCACAGCUUUGGAAUUCCGGAACAACCGCAACCGUUUGCCUGCUCCACGAAGACUUUAUCUACACCGCCUGGGUUGGUGAUUCACAAGCCGUUCUCUUCUCCUCUACUCCCAACCACACCGGUCCUACUGCCACCCCGAUGUCGACCGAAAAACCACCUUCAAAGAAAACGAAGGAGGGCGUGGAAGGAGUGCUGCGGUCAGCUGCUUGCCGCUCCAACUCCAUGCCAUCGUCAGAUCCACCCCAAAAGCCGCCCGAACGCAUUUUCCCCGCCACGACUGCUGACGUCGGGCCAAAGGUCUCGGCUGCUGUCCCUAACCCUCUCACAACGUCAGUCU